GAGGACGGAGCAGUAAUGUGUGACGUAUGCCCUGACAUCCAGAGGAUGACAUCAUCGACGUUGUGAACAGGCACGUUGUUAAGUAACGAGAGGGGGAGACAGACUCGAGUGGAGAACGGCCGCUCGCUCGUGCCGCUGGAGCUUCUCAGGGACUAUCAACAGGGAGUGCAACCGACGACAGAGCUAAGAGCUGGGGGAAUGAGAGUCGCCAGAAUCCGCUCCCAUCCUCCUCUGCCCAGGCCCCUAUCCGACUGACAACCAUCAGAACAGAAUCUCCACCGAACCAGCUCUCAUACGAACCCAAUAUCGGUGACGACUCGCAACCAUGGAGCUGAGAGUGGGGAACAAGUACCGGCUCGGGCGAAAGAUAGGGAGUGGUUCCUUUGGAGACAUUUACCUUGGUGCCAACAUUGCCACUGGUGAGGAAGUAGCCAUCAAGCUGGAAUGUGUGAAGACCAAACAUCCACAGCUGCACAUUGAAAGCAAGUUCUACAAGAUGAUGCAAGGAGGAGUGGGUAUUCCAUCGAUAAAAUGGUGUGGUGCCGAGGGAGACUACAACGUGAUGGUGAUGGAGCUGCUUGGUCCCAGUCUGGAGGACCUUUUCAACUUUUGCUCCCGGAAGUUCAGCCUAAAGACCGUCCUGCUAUUGGCAGACCAAAUGAUAAGUCGCAUCGAGUACAUCCACUCCAAGAAUUUCAUCCAUCGGGAUGUGAAGCCUGACAACUUCCUAAUGGGCCUUGGCAAGAAGGGUAACCUGGUGUACAUCAUUGACUUUGGCCUGGCCAAAAAGUACCGUGAUGCCCGCACACACCAGCACAUCCCUUACAGGGAGAACAAGAACCUGACUGGCACAGCUCGCUACGCCUCCAUCAACACACAUCUUGGAAUUGAACAGUCAAGACGUGAUGACCUGGAGUCUCUCGGCUAUGUCCUCAUGUACUUCAACCUGGGAUCUUUACCCUGGCAGGGCCUCAAGGCUGCUACCAAAAGACAGAAGUAUGAACGCAUCAGUGAGAAGAAAAUGUCCACCCCCAUCGAGGUUCUUUGCAAAGGAUACCCUUCUGAGUUCUCCACAUACCUGAAUUUUUGCCGUUCGCUCCGUUUUGACGACAAGCCAGACUACUCUUACCUACGACAGCUCUUCAGGAAUCUUUUCCACCGACAGGGCUUCUCCUAUGAUUAUGUCUUUGACUGGAACAUGCUCAAAUUUGGUGCCAGUCGGACAGCCGAAGAUGGGGAUCGAGAGAGGAGGGCGGGAGAUGAGAGGGAUGAGCGGAUUGGUGGAGCCCCCAGGGGAUCUGCAACACGGGGCAUCCCCCCAGGUCCCAACCCUGGGCCUGCCAACAGAGUCAGGAACGGGCCAGAGCAGGCCAUUUCUAACCCUGCCUCACGGGUCCAGCAGUCUGGGAACACGUCGCCUCGUGCAAUUUCUCGUGCAGAGAGGGAGAGGAAGGUGAGCAUGCGGCUCCACCGUGGGGCUCCUGCCAACGUAUCGUCCUCUGACCUCACAGCCCGUCAUGACCAAUCCAGAAUUUCCACAUCACAGGUCAGCGUGCCAUUUGAGCACAUGGGGAAGUAGAACUGUUUGGCUCUGCAUGCACAUGAAACUUGACAGGGCUGCAAGGUAUAUUCAUCGCUCCGGUUUAUUUUCCUUCAUUUUUACCUUGUCUCAUGAAAAGAUCAUUGCCAAUGGACACAUGGAUCUUUUGGACAGUAAAGGAUCCAGGGAUGUACGUGACUGUAUCCAACAUCCACUCUUUCAUGAACCCUCUUUGCUAAACCCUGGAUCACCACCACCUCACUACAAAAAGCAAACGAAUGACAGUGCUGCACCAUUAUUACCCCAUGGUUGCUUAUAACUGCUCCCCCCCUCCUCCUAAAAACAUUCCCACAAUAACCCUCUGUCUGACAAAUGUGAAGAACUGCAUUAAAGAAGCAAAAAGGUA